AUGGCCUCGUCCCAUGUGAUGAAGGAGCCAGUUCCCAAGAUGCAACCUGCCAUGAUGAUGUUCUCCAGUAAGUACUGGACCAGGAGGGGGAUGUCUCUGGACUCGGCCAUGUUUGACCAGCAGCAGCUCCGACACACGGGGGGGCAGAUGUCUCGUCGUCCGUCUUUCUGUCCAAUCAACGAGAAGCCAGAGAAAGAGGGCGGAGACUCAGAGCAGACCACUGUGGUGUUCUCCCUGAAGAACGAGGUCGGAUGUUUGGUCAGAGCUCUGAGACUCUUCCAGGAGAAGCGAGUGAACUUGCAUCACAUCGAGUCGAGGAGGUCUAAGCGAGCUAACGAGGUGGAGAUCUUCGCUGACUGCAGCUGCAGUAAGAAAGAGUUUAACGAACUUGUGGAUCUCCUCAAAGAUCAUGUCAACGUCAUCUCCUUCAACACGGCUGCACACGUGUGGUCAACUGAAGCAGAGGAAGAAGAUGUUCCCUGGUUCCCGAUGAAGAUCUCAGAACUGGAUCAGUGUUGUCACAGAGUGUUGAUGUACGGAUCCGAGCUGGACGCUGACCAUCCUGGUUUUAAAGAUAAUGUUUAUCGCCUGCGGAGGAAAUACUUUGUGGAAGUGGCCAUGAAUUACAGAUUCGGACAGCCCAUCCCUCGUAUCGAGUACACCCUUGAGGAGAUCAAGACAUGGGGGGUGGUGUUCAGAGAACUGAGCAAACUGUACCCGACUCACGCCUGCAGAGAACAUCUGGAGAACCUGCCCCUGCUCAUCAAACACUGUGGAUACAGAGAGGACAACAUCCCACAGCUGGAGGACGUGUCCGUCUUCCUUAGAGAGUGUUCUGGAUUCACAGUUCGUCCUGUCGCAGGUUAUUUGUCUCCCAGAGAUUUUCUGGCAGCUUUAGCAUACCGAGUAUUUAACUGUACUCAGUAUGUUCGUCACAGUACUGACCCGCUGUACACACCUGAACCGGACACGUGUCAUGAGCUGCUGGGUCACGUUCCUCUUUUGGCCGACCCCAAGUUCGCUCAGUUCUCUCAGGAGAUCGGGUUAGCCUCUCUGGGAGCGUCCGACCAGGACGUCCAGAAACUGGCCACAUGUUAUUUCUUCACUAUUGAGUUUGGACUCUGCAAACAGGACGACGAGCUGAGAGCGUACGGAGCCGGGCUACUGUCGUCUAUAGGAGAGCUGAGG